CCGGAUUUCAUCUGCAGCCGUGAAGUUCUCAAGGCGUUUAUGUGCACUCCUUUCUGUCCCACCGAUGAAUGGCGUGUGGCAGCGCGUCUCCAUAAAGGCGUGGUCUACCUUCGCAACAUUGUGUUGGAGACCGAGAAAGAAAGAUUUAGCAAAGAGCUCCAAGGAAGUAAGCCGCCAGGCUGGAAUGGCAGUUUCCACCGGCGCAUGACCACAAACGAACAAGGGGCUGCUCCCCAAGAAGGACCCAUCGACGAAACGCAAACUUUCCAUACCGUCCUUCGUGCGAACCUUGGGUCGCACAGGAUUGUCUUCGAGGCCGAAGUGAUGGCCGUCUGCCCCUCCCCUGAAUCCAAGGAAGGCCCACUAUAUCAGUACGUGGAAUUCAGAGCACGACAAGACUUCGACGGCAGUUUAAAGAAAGAGAACUUCUACAGGUACAAACUCCAAAAGUGGUGGACUCACAGCCGGCUCGCCGGCGUUCCAUACAUACUGGUCGGCUCUUACAACGAAAAAGAUGUCUUCGAGUACGUUACGAAGCUCGAUGUCUCGGAGAUUCCAACAAUGCAUAGGCAUCACUGGUCCGAAAACAAGUGCUUCCGAUUCUGCGACCAAGUUCUCUCCUUUGUAAAGAAACAACUCCAAAAUAAUGAUGAAAGAGUCUUGAUUUUCGACCGCCUGAACGAGGAGAACAUUCAAGGAAAAAGGAUUAUUUCGUGCAAGCCUGGUGAUAAAUACGCAGUGCUGCCCUAUUGGUAUGUCCAUGAAAUCUACGACGUUAUUGCUUCCAGCUAAAGCCAUUUAUAGAAUUUUGAUGGUGGGUGAGCUGCAUAAGUGUACCAUCCGAACAAGCAUUCCCCGGCAUCACAAGAGCCUGAUGGUUGAAAUUGUACUGGACUCUUACACACGGCUAUGCAGCCAAGGUAUGCGAUGUCACUCAACAGAAUGUGAGCAUUGUCGCUUCUCCUCAAUUUUACCAAUAUGUAACCGAUUUUAUCACUGAAAAUGCUUUCCAUGCCUUGUAAGACUUAUUGCGAAAUAAAGGUUCCUUUUGGCGGUGUGUUUAUUUCUGAAG